CAGCAGUGCUGAAUUCAUUAUUGUAGUCAAAUCAACUCCGCAUUGGCAACACUGCGAAACUGUUCGUGAUGGACGAACAUUUCCCGACGAGAGAUCGAAUGUUUCAUAAUUACCCGACGAUGGACGACGGCCCACCGGACAAGAAACGAAGAGUCGAGUUGGGUGCUUCUGGUAAUCCAACCAUGAUGGACUCUAUAGUCAAUGCCACCUCGACAUGGCCUCUCAAUUCCUUACAUUCGUCAGCGGUGUUACCCAGUUACGAAGAAAGCCUGGCUACAAAGCAUAACAGCUUCCCAAGCCAAUUGAAAUACUUUGAUACAGAUGCCUACUUACCUCGUCAAAGAAGCCCUAAACUAGACAGGAAUUUUAACAUGGUCGAACGAAAUGUUCCUACAAAAGAAGAGUUCUCGGCAACAAAUAAUUACGACGCUAGUUCAGUCAGACGCUUACACUUUGAUAACGUAGAAAAAGAUGAUUUUUCAAGCCGUUUGAACGUCCCUAAAAGUCAGGGUUCCAAAGAAAAGCAAGAAAGCACAUCGGAAAAUGAAGUUAGCACAAAUUUGAGGGACAAAGAGGAAUCAAGAGAUAAAAUAGUCAUACCUGUUAUUAAAGAAGAAAAGGUUGAACCUGUAAAAGAUAAAGAUAAGGGCGACAGUGUUGCUGAAGGAAAGGAUCAAAAAUACGAAACUGUGAAAAAGACAGAAGUUUCAUCGUUUAGCACGGCAGUGAAAAGUAAAAGUCCUUCUAGUAAAGAAGAAAAAAAUAAGGUGGAUACAAAGGUUGAGGUGAAGACAGAAGGCAAAAAGGACGUAAAUGAUUUCUCGUUCCUUGACUGGAAGGAUGGUAUUGCCACACUACCAGGUAGUAACUUAAAGUUUAAGUUGAAUGAAUUCGGUUCGCUCGAGAUGGUUAGCACUGUGGAGACAGAAAAGGGAGAAUACGAGUGGAGCACAGCAUCAAGUAACUCACCCGCUUCAGAUCUGAUGCAAGGCCCCCCGGAUGCAGGUCACGUGUUGUGUUGCGAGGUAUGCGGGGUGUACGGUUUACCGCAAGACUUCUGUUCGUCUGGACGGUUUUGCAGUCUCUCCUGUGUUGGUGCUUACACGGGACGAAGAAAUAAGGGCAGGGAGUUGGUAAAAAAUGUCAAUACAAUCGAAGGAAAGGUUAUCAAGAAGAAAAAGAAAGUCAAAGCAAAGAAAGGAAUCAAUGGAAGACCGUUGUCACCCGCUCUUGUGGUAGGAGAAGAUUCAGGUUUCAGCGACAAAACGUCUGACAUCGUAGCAUCUUCUCCUAAAACAAAAGGCCAUCGUGAAAAAGGCAAAGGGAAGAAUAAAGGUCCUCUGAUUGAACCAAGCGGUACAUGCCUGACUGCUUCCAUGGUUCCAUAUAACUUUAGCAAACCUUUCACAUGGGUGGAUUACAUGUACAUGUCGGGAACAAAAUCUGUCCCAGUUAGUGUAUUUAAACAGGAAAACCCAGACAUCAAUGUAUUCCCGAUGCCUUGCGAGGAGUUCAAGAAAAAUAUGAAACUUGAAGCAGUGGACCCCAAACAUCCUUCAUACAUCUGUGUCUGUACUAUUGUACGGGUCAAGGGAACAAGAUUAAGGUUACACUUCGACGGAUGGUCUGAAUGCUACGAUUUCUGGACCAAUGCAGACUCUUCGUUUAUAUUCCCGGUCGGGUGGUGUGCGAAAAAUGGACAGACGCUGCAUCCACCACGAAGUGAGUAGAUGCACGGGAAAUCUUGUCCGCAGCGACUGUUCAUCCCUUUCCAGGUCUCCAAGAGAACUCAUCGUUUUGAAGUUGGCAUGAAGCUUGAAGCUAUAGAUCGAAAGAACCCGGAUCUAAUCUGCGUUGCCACGGUAACCAACGUGAUUGGCAAUUACUUUCUUGUUCAUUUUGACGAAUGGGAUGACACAUAUGACUAUUGGUGUCAAGAUGAUUGCCCUUAUAUCCACCCUAUUGGCUGGUGCGAGGCGACGCCGGGAAGGAAGCUCAAUCCACCAAAUGAUGAUGAGGUGGAUUCAUUCACAUGGCAGGCCUACCUGAAAACGACAGGUGCUGUGGCAGCUCCUAAGGAAUAUUUUAAAAAGCGCCCUCUUCCAACCUUCAAGCCAAACCAGAAACUAGAAUGUGUCGAUAAGCGAAAUCCAUCUCUGAUACGCGCAGCAACAGUCGCAGACGUUCAAGAGUAUCGAGUACGUGUUCAUUUUGAUGGCUGGGAUGAUAUUUAUGAUGACUGGAUUGACGCUGAUUCUACUGAUUUACACCCCGUGUCUUACUGUGACAAGACUGGACAUCCAUUGGAACCACCACUCACUACAGCUGACAAGAUCUCAUCGGUAGCCUGCCCCACUCCAGGGUGUAAAGGCAUUGGUCACGUUAAAGGAGCCAAAUACUCGAGUCACCACAGCACAUUCGGUUGUCCAUACUCUCUACAAAACCUGAACAAAGAAUCGUGUCUUGUUGACAGACUGUCGACCAACUCCAUGACUGAAGAGUCAGACUGGUCGUAUGCGAGCAAGAAUAAAUCAAGUGUUGGUGCUGUGCGGAGAGGAGAACUAUCCACUGAAGGUGUUUGCCCCACUCCUGGAUGUGAUGGUAGCGGACAUGUUGGAGGACACUGGAGAACACACCAAAGUAUGGCAGGAUGUCCGUUAAGCGAAGUGAACCUGAAAUCCGUUCCUGUGCCAAUACAGCCCGCCCCACCCAAGACAACGUCCCAGGAUAUCAAGAAAAAAGUACCACCGCUGACCAUUAUUACUACAAAUCCAAGCGCGAAAACACUUAAUUACGUCACUUCCAAAAGACGCCCAAGUCGUGAAAUUAAGCGAGAAAAACCACAAUUAAAACAGAUUUUGCCCAUCAAAGAAGAAAAGAAGCCGGACAAACCUCCAACGAACGCCCUCGACCAACCCAAGAACAAUGCUCUUCUUCCCAACGAUUUCCAUGAGAACCACUCAGUACCAAAGCCAACCAACGAAAGAAAAAAGUCUCGAGAACGUCUGCGCAYGAGUAAAUGGACCAUAGAUGACGUAGUCAAACACGUGACGUCACUCGGAUGUGCAGAGCAAGCCAAAUUAUUUGCUGACCAAAAAAUUGACGGCGAGUCGUUUCUACUUCUCACUCAAGACGAUAUUGUCAACAUAAUGAAAAUCAAACUCGGACCUGCACUGAAGAUUUUCAAGAGCAUUCCAAAAGUAUAACCAGUCAUUCAAGAAUAAACAAGUUGUCAGAGCUCGAGAGCUACGUCAUUUUGGAAGUAGACCUCUUUGCCUUGGGCGUAAUGUUUGCGCAUUUCAGACCACGUGUCAUUCCCUAGAGUAUCAGUUGCACAUGAGAAGACACGUGAAUUCAAACAAAUAAUUUAUUCCCAAGAAAAUGACACGUGGUCUGAUUUUGGCAAACAUUACGCCGAAGGUAGACAUCUGUUUCGCGUGGAUUCGCGACAAUAAUAAUAUUCUAGAGAUGAUAUCAAGAGAUAUACAGGAACAUAUUCAAAAUACAUCUAUCUAGUACCAUUUCCAUCCUUGCCUCAGACCAAUAUUCAGUCAAAAAUCUGCGCCACAAAUAUUUUUCCCAUUUUUGUACAAUAGAUAUUACUGCCUUCUAAUUGACCAUUUGCAAAGAUAUUUCUAGAUGCUUGGAUUUUUAUAGUUUUGAUACGGUCAAUUACAUAAUUAAUAUUCAAUUAAAUUCAUAUUAAUGAAUAAGUAAUUAAUAUUCAUUAAUUAUUAAUUAACUUUAAUUAAUAAUUUAUUAAUUAAUUUUAAUUAAUAAUCACGUUUGCAAAUUUACUGCGCUCAAAACGAAAUUUUGAUAACAGUUCAAGUUCUUGCAGUGUGUUUAUACGAGAAUGUGCAUUUAGUAAGAAAAUUAUAGAGAAAAUUACAUCACAAUCAAAAGACAUACAGUACAUAUAUAUUUAUAUUCACAAUUUGGCAAUCAUUUGAUUGAAAAAAAUCCACAAGAAAUACACAUAUUUGAACAUAGUUUUGGCUAGUGUUCCUUGCAUGACGUCAGAACACGGGUUGCGAGGGAGAAUGCAGCAUAUGCCAGUAUUUAGCGAUUACGUCAUUUAUAAUCAUGAUCGCUAUUAAAAGAAAAAUUUAUCAUUUAGAUGAAAAUAAAUAUUUUUUUAUUUG